GGAAGCUUGGGGGCUCAUUGGGGAUGGACUACAUGGAAGCUUGGGGGCUCGUUGGAGCUGGACGAUGCGGAGGCUUGGUGGCUCGUUGGGGCUGGACGACUCAGAGGCUCGAUAGGUACUUUGACCGCGAUGUUGAAUGUGUCUUCAAGUUCUUUAGAAAGAGGUUUAAUUUGUCUUUUCAUGAGUACACUGUGGAUGAUGAUGGCAAAGAUGUUGGGACAUAUGAAAGCAACAGACUUUGCUUUUCUUCAAUAUCGAAAGAUGCUGUUUUUCUAGACAAGGAACUUGCUGCUAGUGGUUUUAGUAGAAAGGAUCAGGAAGACAUUGAAAAGUUCAUCGAAGAAGGUGUAGAGGAGAACAGUGACACUGAUGAAGGAACUGGGGAUGAGGAAUGUGUCUCUGUUAUGAAUAAACAAAACAUCAAAGGUGUUGGUUCCUUGCACUUGCAAGAUCAGGGGGACGAGUCUGCAGAUGAAGACGAGGCAAAACUAGCAAGGAGCUUAAACAAGCAGAGGAAGCACGCUAUAUCAGCAGUACAUAUGGGACGACGAAAAACUGUCUCCAGAAAUUCCUACAAAGACAAGAGUGUUAAGACCACUUACAACUCCAAAAUCCAUAAACAAAUGUGUGUCUGGUAAGAAGAGUGACAUUAAGGAUGAGAUGGCUUUUGUUUUGGCUACAAAAACACAUUGAGAGUUCAAUUUUGACUAUAAAAUGAGAAAAGCUUCUCAUGUAGAAGGAGAGAAACAACUGUUUUUGUUUCUAUAGAUGUGUGCUUUUGAAACAAGCUCAAAUGUGACAAAGGUGAUAAAUUGUUUUACUG